AUGAGCACCGACAUUUGGCCAACUCUUCUCAACGAUUUGAGAGACAAGAUUGAAAUUUCGAAACACGACAAACCCAAUAGAGAAAAGAAACAACUUCUCAUUGAUGCUUUGGAUAGGGUGUUUGAUGAAAUUAAAUCAGGAGAGUACAAUUAUCCAAGUACUAUUCUUCAACAGCAUGCACCAACGUUGUUCUCUAUUUUUGAAGAUAUUCUCUCUCACUUUGAUGAUUGGUCCUUCAAGCAAACUAUUUCAUUUGCUCUCAUCCACUUUUACUUUACUUUUUCAAAGGAUGAUUUACUCAAAUUAUUAAAGACUACAAGCACGACAGAGCAACCAGAACAUCAUCAGCCAGGUUCGGAACACCAAGUCUUGAAACAUUUGCUUCACAACAUUACAGACUCUAAAAGAGAAGUACGAGAUGCUACUGCUCAAUCAUUGGGUGGUCUUUCCAAAGUCGUUGGUGUGGAUUCAUUUCUUUCAAGAGAAUUUGUGUUGGACAUUUUACAACACCCAAAAAAGAAACAACCGGAGGAGCCUUACAAGGCUGUUGAAGGCUUGAUGAAUACUUUGGGAUAUAUUUUAAAGAAUUGCACCAUGAUUUCUCGUGAUGAUUUUGAAUUUAUCAUUAAUAUUCUAUUUGAGCACACGAGUGAUCAAAAAUUUGAAAGUUAUUCCUCCUAUGUUAGAAGAUAUGCUGUCAGAAGUUUAACAAAAGCAUUGGAAUCGCCAAUCAUUCAUGAUAUGUGUGUCAACAUUCCUUCCCUAUUAAGCCAAUUUAAAAAGGUGAUAUUUGAAAGAUUCCAUGAUCUCGACAUUGAUGUGAGAAGAGCCAAUGGAUUGUUAUUUUUGAAUUUCAUGAAAAUGUUAAUCAAUGAUCAAGAUCUAUCAAGUCGUCAUUUGUUUCAACAACCCAUUAGUAGUACUACUGCAUCUAUUACUGCAUCUAGUUGCACAAUUACCGUUUCAAGUAUUUUAGAAGAAUUAAUUUCUCUCACUCACUCAUCACAACCAUCAUGGCAAUACCAACAUGGUAUUUGUCUUGCAUUUGAAAGUAUUUCCAAAUCAGUGAAUCUCUUGAACACACUUUCUUCUCAACUUGUUUCAACCAUUAAUUCAUCUCUUUCUAAAGUAUUGACAAGUACUCCAACAGCAAAGCAUGACAAAUCAGCAUCAAAUCCCAAUGCUAUUGCUGGUAAAACUCUUUGCAAUAUAUUUAUUACAAUAUUCUUGAUGAAUACUACUAAUAUGGAUUGCAAUAACGCUGAACAAAUUCUCUCUCCCUAUUGUCAUGGUGAGGAAGGUAUUCUUUCUUCUUACUUGCAAUUGAUGAAGGACAGUAUUAUCUUCAUGUUGAAGAGUGAUGAUCCUCUCUUACUAGAUGCUGGUAAUUAUAGUGUCAUUCAAUUACUCUCCAAUGGAUCUCUUCUCAUUCAAAUUAUUCAAAAUUCAUUUUUAAAUGAUUUAUUAUCAUUGGUCUAUAAGAAUACAUUCCAUGCCUCAUAUCCGAUCAAAUCAGGUGCCAUGCUCUCUUUGAAUCGAGCAGUACAAGUCUUCUCCUCUACAUCUUCUGAAUACUCUCUUCAAGAUUUAAUUACUCAAUUGACUGUGCAUGUCAUUUCAGUAUUAAUAGAAGAAUCUAAAAGUACAAAUUAUGAAGUGAGAGAAUCUGUAUUCAAAGCCUUUGAAGAUUUAUUUAUGAAAACUAAAAAUAUAGAACCAUGUACAAAUAUGGAAUUGAAUCAACAAAUAUUCCAAGUAUUACAAUUUGGUGCUACAGAUACAAUGAAUGGUUCAAACAAUUCAGAUUAUCCUAGAUGUGCUGCUAUUCAUGCUCUUUCAUCCUUUUUAAUAUAUUUGAAACAAGAAGAACAGAAAUUCUCUCUUUUGAAAGUGAUUCAACUUGUUGAAAAGUUAUUGACUAGUCCUAAUCAGGAAAUGGUGAUUAUUAUUGCAACAUUGAAAUUAGCAAGAGUUAUUGAUUUGUAUUACAACGUGGGUCAUUCUACAAUCAAAGAUUCACUUCAAUCUCUCUAUGGCAUUAUCAUGAUUUUAUCGUAUCAUGGUGAUGAUGAAAUUAAAUACUCUGCACUACCAUUGAGAACUUCAUUGAUUGGACAUGUGAAUCAAGAAAAGAUUCUUUCGAUUUGUUCUUCUUUGAGUGAACAUGCAUUGAAUCCCAAUAUUGUCGAUGAAGAAGAGAAGAGAGAAGCAGCAAGUUAUGUAUUGAGAUUUUUAGUGAGUUUUUCUGAAAUGUUCAUUCAAGUCAUGAAGGCUCAAUCACUCUCAACAACGACAGGAUCGAACUCUCUUUUGAAAAAGUUGAUCACUCUCGUUGGACAUGGUCUAUUAUUAGAAGAUCAUCGAGACUCACCAAUCAUUCAAGCGAAUUGUUUACUCUUUUUGAGAGUAUUGAGUCAAGUGAUUCUCUCUAUUGUUGAGGUCAAGUCUCUCGACCGGACGAGUACACGAAUUUUACAAACACUUGUUCAAUAUUUGGUCUAUUUAUUGGCCAAUCAUGUGAAGAAUUUUGAAUUGGAUGAAGAAUUAUUUGAAGAUAAUGAUGAUGAAGAAGAGGAUGAGGAUGAAGAAGAUGAAGAAGAAGAGGACAAUGAAGAAGACAAUGAAGAAGACAACUUUAAACUUCCUCAAAAACCAUCAAAAUUCAAUGCUCAUCGCGCCAAAAUUAUUAUGGAUAUUCUUGCAUCCUUAUUGAAUAUUCUUUCAAAGAAGAAACAACACUUGGUUGAAAAUGCUCUCAAGAAUCUCUUCACUCAAUUCAAACCACAGAAUGAGACCAUACUAUCAUUUAUCAUUCAAUCUUUAUCAUCGAAUUCUCUUUAUGAAUUAUUGAAAGAAAUCAUUCCUGUACAUACUCGUAGUACUAAUCCAUUAGAAGAAUUGAUUGAAAAUCAUCAAGGAAGACUCUCUUCAGAUAUUCUUGUUCAAGUACAAGAAUUAUUAACUCUCAAAGAUAGAAGUGAAUUAGAAUCUGACCAUCACGACACUCUUUUCAACAUUGAACAUUUUAAUGAUUAUGGUUUUUCAUUGGGUGAAUAUCGUGAUGGUAUUACAAGUGCAUUCCAUUCAGAGAAUGUCAUUAUUCAUGCAUUGAAGAAUGAAAAGGAAUUGAAUGAAAAGAAUUUGAAAUCUCUCAUUUCUCAUCUCAUUGAAUCCAUCGAAGAAGAAAAUAUUGAAUCGAUUGAAAAGUAUUCUUUUAUUUUAUAUGAAUAUUUGUGUCAGAAUGAAUGUAAUGAUCAUUCACUAAUAGAUGAUUCUAUUUUCAGUGAUUUGGUUGAAAAUUACUUUAUUGAAAAAGUACAAGAUAGUGAUGAGGAAAUGAUCUUGUUAUGGUAUUGGAGAUUGUUACAAGUCAUUCUCAUGAAAACUCGAAAUGAAGAGUGGAAUUUAAAAAUUCAAGAAUUAUUUUUACGAGAUGAUUUCUUGAAAUCACUCAAAUCACAGAGUAGUGUGGUUUAUGUGAUGGCAUGUUCAUGUUUACUUGAAAGUAUUCAAUUAUCUUGUAAUGAUGAUCAUCACUCAACAACCCUCAAUGCAUUGAAACAAAUUGUGAGCGACAUGAUCGUUGAUGAAGAUAUUGAUGAAGGUAAAUUCAUGAUUCAAUACAUGUUGCAUCAAGUACCAUUUGCAUUACCACUCCCAACACCAAAAGUUGAUUCAGUGAAGGCCAAUGAAACAUUUGCUCCAACUCAAUCCAAGUAG